UUUUACAUCAUUUAAAAUUUAAUCAAUUCAACAAAUAACAACUAAAUUACCACAACUUAAUACAUAUAAAAACUUUCUACAUAUUUGGACUAGUUGAUGGAAAUGUUUACUUUUUCAGUAAUGAUUCAUCCUGCAUAGACAUUUGUCCUAAUUUCUUUCCUAUUCGUUCAUGAAUAUCUAGAAAUUUUGCGACACAUCUAUCAAUACAAACAGCUUCACCUUUUGCGAUUUCUGCAUCCCCAUAAACAGGUGGGAUACACUUUUUGUGACAUGUAGCAGUUAGUCGGUUAUACAUGUCAGCCAUCAUUUCAAUUUCCAACUCUUGAAUUAGUUGCAUGUUUUGUGCUUCUUUCUGAGACAUUUUUGUAUAAAUUUACGUAAAAUAAAUAGUUUAUAAAUAUUUAAUCUUGGGUUGAACGCACUGUCGAAAACUUCCUGUAACUUGGUUCGUAUUCUCCAACGUUUGCUUCUCUCAUACGUUCUCUAAUUUUCAUAUUCUCAUAGCGUCUUUUGUCAACACUUACUUUGGCUAAGUAAAAUGAGUAAAUUCCACCGACUACAACAACAGACCUGUAAGAAAAUUAAAAUUUUGCAAAGAGAACUUUGGAAAAUGUCACAUGAAAUUUAUAAAAUAUUGGAUUUUGUUUAUUAAUGGGUUACUAACCAUCCAAUUCCAAUUUUUGACCACUUUGCUAAUUGCAUAAUUUAAUAAAUCAUUAAUUAAUCCGCGUUUUACACAUAAAACACAUCUAACACGUGCAUAUGCAUAAAGAAUUAUUGAUAUUUAAAAACUGAUUUUUAGGUUAUGUUCGCGUAGGUUAUAAGAUAAGGGUGCAUAAAUUGUAAAAGCAAACAGUCCUCUAACGACUAAUUGCAAUUUAGAUAAGAGGCCAAAUAAUAUACUGGAAGAAGAUAAAGAAAACUUUUAUGAGGUUAUAUUGUUAUGGUGUUGUUGAUGUUAUAAGAAAAUAAAGCAAUGCAUAGCUUUAAAAUAUAAAAUCCAUUUUUUUUUUAGUUUUGUGAAGUGCUACGAAGGGCAAAUCGGUUCAAUUUCAUUGUAAUUGAUUCAUUAUUAAAAUGUUUUCAAUCUGCCGGCAAAGCCAUCCUGCUACAGCUGUAGAGCAUGCAAUAUCUUGUUACUUUUUUAAUAAAGUAGAGAAAUGUUUAGUCACCGCAGGAGCCAAUAUUCUUAAAGUUUUUAGACUGGUUCCAGACGUUGAUCCACGGUCUAAAGCAGAACGAUACUCCGAAUUUUAUCCUCCCAAGUCCAAAUUAGAAUGUAUGGCUCAAUAUACACUUUUCGGAAAUGUUGUGUCUAUCCAGAGGGUAUCCCUGACAAAUUUUCAAAGAGAUGCACUGCUCUUAGGCUUUGCUGAUGCAAAGUUAUCAGUAGUGGAAUAUGAUCCAGAUAAUCACGACUUGAGAACUCUAAGUUUGCAUUAUUUCGAGGAAGAUGAUAUGAAGGACGGUUGGACCCAUCAUCACCAUGUCCCCAUUGUUAGAGUGGACCCAGAAAAUAGAUGUGCUGUAAUGACUGUUUUUGGGCGAAAGUUAGUUGUUCUUCCUUUUCGCAGAGACACAUCUAUUGAUGAUAAUGAUGGUGAUAUAAAACCAAUGUCUUCAAGUACCAGUAUGGCCAAAACUCAUAUUCUUGCAUCAUACAUGAUUGUGUUGAAGGACUUUUUGGAAAAAAUUGAUAAUGUUAUUGACAUUCAAUUUUUACAUGGUUAUUAUGAACCGACACUACUUAUUUUAUAUGAACCAUUAAAAACGUUCUCUGGCCGUGUUGCUGUAAGAACCGAUACUUAUGCCAUGUCUGCUAUUUCAUUAAAUUUACAACAAAAAGUUCAUCCUGUCAUUUGGAGCGUUUCCAACUUACCUUUUGAUUGUGUUAGAGCAGUUCCCAUCAAAAAACCCAUUGGUGGUACUAUUAUUUUAGCCGUAAAUUCUAUCAUUUAUCUUAAUCAGAGUAUACCACCUUAUGGAGUGUCUCUGAACAGUGUAGCAGAAUCAUCAUCAGCUUUUCCCUUGAAACCACAAGAAGACUUGAAAAUUACCCUAGACUGUGCCCAAGUCGGGUUCCUAGAUGAUGAUGCUCUUGUUUUGUCUUUAAAAGGGGGAGAAUUGUAUGUUUUAACUUUACUAGCUGAUAGUAUGAGAUGCAUCAGAAGUUUUCACUUUGAAAAAGCUGCUGCUAGUGUUCUAACAACUUGCAUUUGUGUAUGCGAAAAUAAUUUCCUCUUUUUGGGUUCGCGUCUGGGAAAUUCUUUACUGCUGAGGUUUACAGAACAAUCAAAUGAAGUUAUAACGUUAGAUGAAAAUGAUGAGCCAAGUGCGAAACGUGCUAAAGAUAACAGGUCUGAAAGUGAACGAAUGUUGGAUAGUUUAAAUGAUUGUAUGGCCAGUGAUGUAUUGGACAUCAGGGAUCCCGAGGAACUGGAAGUGUAUGGGACUCAAAAACAAGCCGGUAUCCAGAUAUCGAGUUACAUAUUUGAAGUAUGUGAUACCCUACUAAAUAUAGGUCCAUGUGGUAAUAUUUCAAUCGGAGAACCAGCUUUCUUAAGUGAAGAAUUCAAUAAUAAUGUCGAUCUCAAUCUGGAAUUGGUAACUACAGCCGGAUAUGGAAAGAACGGAGCUCUUUGCGUUUUACAAAAAAAUAUUAGGCCUCAAAUAGUAACUACUUUUACAUUGCCAGGUUGUUCUAAUAUGUGGACAGCUAAAAGCGGGGAGGACAGACAUUCUUUUUUGAUACUAAGUCAAGAGGAUGGUACAAUGAUUCUACAAACUGGUCAAGAAAUCAACGAAAUCGAUAAUACAGGAUUCGCUACACACGGUCCUACAGUGUAUGCUGGAAAUUUGGGAAAUAAUAAAUACAUCGUACAAGUUACGACCGUUGCAGUCAGAUUGUUACAAGGAGUAACUCAAUUACAACAUGUACCGAUGGAUUUGGGAUCUCCCAUUGUACACAUUUCGAGUGCUGAUCCAUAUAUUUCUAUAAUGACAUCCGAUGGACAAGUGAUAACGUUGAUGUUGAGGGAAGCCCGAGGAGUGGCUAAAUUGGUUGUCAGCAAAUCUACGUUGUCAAAUACUCCACCAGUGUCAACGAUAUGCAUGUACAAAGACACUUCAGGUAUGUUCACAAAUAAAAUCCCAGAGGAAUUUACUCAAGUACCAGCGCAUAUUAUAAGUGAACACGAAUCAAAAUCGGAGAUAGAAAAUGAAGAUGAUAUAUUGUACGGCGAGGGGGACUUUAAGAUGCCUUCGCUGAAUACUUCUGCUCCGAAACCGAAAGUAUAUUAUAAUUGGUGGAAGAAAUAUAUGACGCCGAAUAAACCGACGUAUUGGUUGUUUGUCGUUAGAGAUAACUCUAAUUUGGAGAUUUAUUCAAUUCCUGAUUUUAAAUUGAGUUUUUAUGUGACUAAUCUUUGCUUUGGAUAUAAGGUACUGGUAGAUAGUUUGGAAUCAGUAUCAGCUCACUCGUCCUCUAGUUCAACCGACUCUCAGUUUCAAGAACAGUACCAAGUGAAAGAACUAUUAAUGGUUGGUUUGGGAAAUAACGGAAUGAGACCAGUAUUGUUAGUUCGCCUACAAAAAGAUCUAUACGUUUACGAAGUAUUCAGAUUUCCCAGGGGAAAUUUAAAACUCCGAUUUAAAAAGUUUAAGCACAAUCUUCUCUACAGUCCGAACACUGAAAAUUUCCUAGAAACGGAAAACUCCGAUUAUUUCGCUUUGCAAGAAAAGAUAUUGAGACUUCGUUAUUUUGACAAUAUAUCUGGUUACAAUGGAGUCUUCAUUUGCGGCUCAACCCCUCAUUGGUUGUUUUUAACUUCAAGAGGAGAACUGAGAACACAUCCCAUGGUGAUUGACGGUGAAGUACUGAGCUUCGCUCCCUUUAAUAAUAUAAACUGUCCCCAAGGUUUUCUCUACUUUAACAAAAAGUCUGAACUAAGAAUUGGAGUUUUACCUACUCAUUUGAGUUACGAUGCUCCAUGGCCAGUAAGAAAAGUUCCAUUAAGAUGCACUCCACAUUUCGUUAGUUAUCAUUUGGAAUCUAAAACUUAUUGCCUAGUUACUAGUCUUGCGGAACCUUCCAUCCAAUAUUACAAGUUCAACGGUGAAGAUAAGGAACUGUCUAUAGAAGACAAAGGGGACAGGUUCCCAUAUCCACCUCAAGAGCUAUUCAGUAUAUGUCUAUUUUCUCCAGUUUCUUGGGAUAUUAUUCCGAAUACGAAAAUCGAUUUGGACGAAUGGGAACAUGUCAACUGUUUAAAAAAUGUCGCGUUGGCCUAUGAAGGGACGAGAUCUGGUCUUAAAGGAUAUAUUGCUGUCGGAACUAACUAUAAUUACGGUGAAGAUAUCACUUCUAGGGGAAGAAUAUUGAUUUACGACAUUAUAGAAGUAGUACCAGAACCAGGACAACCUUUAACGAAAAACAAGUUCAAGGAAAUUUACGCUAAAGAUCAAAAAGGUCCAGUAACAGCUCUUUCUCAAGUCAAGGGUUUUCUUGUGUCCGCUGUUGGGCAAAAGAUUUACAUUUGGCAACUGAAAGAUAACGAUUUAAUUGGAGUAGCAUUUAUAGAUACGCAGGUCUACACCCAUCAGAUACUGACUAUUAAAAGUUUAUUAUUAGUGGGGGAUGUUUAUAAAUCCAUCUCGUUGCUGAGGUUUCAAGAAGAGUAUAGGACUUUGUCUCUAGUAUCUAGAGACUUUAAACCAUGUGAAGUAUACGCAAUAGAAUACAUGAUAGAUAAUUCUAAUCUUGGAUUUUUGGUAUCUGACAGAGAAAAGAAUUUAGUUAUGUACAUGUACCAACCUGAAGCUAGAGAAUCAUUAGGAGGACAAAGACUGUUGAGAAAAGCAGAUUUUCAUCUCGGUCAACCUGUCAAUACAUUUUUCAAAAUAAAGUGUAAAUUAGGAGAAUUAGGUGAAGAUAAGAAACAUUUUUCUGGUGCCGAUCGUAGAUUCAUAACAAUGUUUGCAACAUUGGAUGGAGGUCUUGGAUACAUAAUGCCGGUUCCAGAAAAGACUUACAGAAGACUGCUCAUGUUACAAAAUGUCUUAGUGUCCCAAGGAGCGCAUAUUGCUGGACUGAAUCCAAAAGCAUACAGGACAUACAAAAGCUGGAGGAAGUUGCAAUACAAUCCUGCGCGAUCUGUAAUUGAUGGUGAUCUGGUAUGGAAUUUUCUACAUCUUUCUAUUACCGAAAAGUCGGAGGUUGCUAAAAAAAUCGGUACGAAAAUGGAGGAAAUUAUAGACGACCUUACGGAUAUCCAUAAACUUACAAAUCAUUUCUAAUUUUAUAUUGUGUAUAUGUUAUCGUGUAAUUCUAAUUAAAACUUAAAUUAUUUGCUAGGA